AUGGAGCAGUUAUCAGAUGAAGAGCUUGAUCAUGGUGCAGAAGAAGAUAGUGAUAAGGAAGAUCAAGAUUUGGAUAAGAUGUUUGGGGCAUGGCUUGGGGAGCUGGAUAAACUCACACAGAGUUUGGAUACAGACAAGCCCAUGGAACCAGUAAAGAAAUCUCCUCUUCGCCAAGAAACCAAUAUUGCCAAUUUCUCCUAUCGCUUCUCCAUGUACAAUUUGAAUGAAGCCCUUAAUCAGGGGGAGACUGUGGAUCUGGAUGCCCUCAUGGCCGAUCUUUGUUCCAUAGAGCAGGAGCUCAGCAGCAUUGGGUCGCAGUCAGCAAACAGUGCUGCAAUGAAACGCCUAGCCACAGAAACAAAAGUAGCUCAGAAACCACCUGCGGGUCGACUUUUCUCUAAACACAGCAGUAUAAAAGGAUCAUCCUCUUCAUCGGUUAGGGUAACUAAGCCGUCAAGUGCCAACUUUUCCCUGGAUGACAUCACUGCCCAGUUGGAGAAGGCUUCUUUGAGCAUGGAUGAGGCAGCCCAGCAAUCUGUAAUGGAAAAUGCUAAACCUGUAGUUAUUGCUCAGCACAGGAGGACAGCAUCAGCUGGCACAGUGAGUGAUGCUGAAGUGCGCUCUAUCAGUAACUCCUCCCGGUCCAGCAUAACCUCUGCAGCAUCCAGCAUGGACUCCUUGGAUAUUGAUAAAAUGACAAGACCUCAGGAACUGGAUUUAACACAGCAAGGGCAACCGAUUGCUGAGCAUAGUGUUUCUUUGGGACAUCCCAUCAAGCAGCCCAAGUGUCACAUUGACUUUGCAGAAGAGGAGGCUGAGCUGACUCCUCACUCCUAUCUGGACAGGGAAACAUCCCUCCUUCUGAGAAACAUUGCAGGAAAGCCUUCUCAUUUGCUGACCAAGGAAGAGCAGGCUGCUAAACUGAAAGCUGAGAAGAUCAGGGUUGCUUUGGAAAAGAUUAAAGAGGCACAAGUGAAAAAGCUGGUAAUCAGAGUUCACAUGUCCGAUGACAGCUCCAAAACUAUGAUGGUGGAUGAGAGACAGACUGUAAGACAAGUAUUGGACAAUCUGAUGGACAAAUCCCACUGUGGCUACAGUUUAGACUGGUCACUGGUAGAAACCGUAUCUGAAUUACAAAUGGAGAGAAUCUUCGAGGACCAUGAAAAUUUAGUUGAAAAUCUUCUAAACUGGACAAGAGACAGUCAAAAUAAACUUGUGUUUGUGGAACGUAUAGAAAAAUAUGCACUUUUCAAAAAUCCUCAAAACUAUCUGCUAGGAAAUAAAGAAACCUCUGAGAUGGCAGACAGAAAUAAAGAAGUGCUGCUGGAGGAAUGUUUUUGUGGAAGUUCUGUAACAGUCCCAGAAAUUGAGGGAGUCCUGUGGCUGAAAGAUGAUGGCAAGAAGUCUUGGAAGAAGCGUUAUUUUCUUUUGCGAGCUUCUGGUAUCUACUAUGUCCCUAAAGGAAAAGCAAAGGUCUCGCGGGAUCUCGUGUGCUUUCUUCAGCUAGAUCAUGUCAAUGUUUACUAUGGACAGGAUUAUCGGAACAAGUACAAAGCCCCUACAGAUUACUGUUUAGUGCUGAAGCACCCUCAAAUCCAGAAGAAGUCUCAAUAUAUUAAAUAUCUCUGCUGUGAUGAUGUGAGAACUUUACACCAGUGGAUAAAUGGCAUCCGUAUUGCUAAGUAUGGGAAGCAACUGUAUGUGAACUAUCAGGAAGCGCUGAAAAGGACCGAGUCAGCAUAUGACUGGACUUCCCUGUCCAGCUCAAGUAUAAAGUCAGGCUCCAGCUCUUCCAGUUUACCAGAGUCUCAAUCAAAUCACUCAAAUCAAUCUGACAGUGGCGUUUCUGAUACCCAGCCAACUGGCCAUGUCCGGUCCCAAAGCAUUGUCAGCUCUAUCUUUUCUGAGGCCUGGAAGCGAGGCACUCAGCUGGAAGAGUCCAGCAAGGCAUUCUAACUGAUGAUUUGCGAACUCCUUUUGAGAGCUCCUACAAUCAUUGCUUGGCUGCAGUUCCUUACUUUGACACAUGGGGAGGCUCUGCUGACCCGCACCGAAGAUGCUACAUCAUCAGUACAUGUAUAUAUCUGAUUGAAAAUACAGGUAUGUUUCUGUGUUCAGCAAUUUUCUCUCACGCCAUCUAUAGACACUCAUCUUGUCGGUGCCCAAAGAGAUGAAUUAUCUUUACAAAAAAGGCUGAGAACACGGAAGGAAGCUUUGUAAUUCUUAAGCAGUGAGCUAGAAGGUUUCAUUUGAGGAGGGAGGGAGAUGAGAAGUAAUUUCAGUCCAAGAAUAGCUGGCAGCCUGUUUUCUUUGACUUUUUGAGACUGCACCAAAUGCAUAUGCCUAUUAAUUAACAAAUUGCACUUCUGGGAGUCACAGAAGAUGACUGAAAAUAUAUAUAUAAUUGGGGAGCUGAUAAAUCUGUGAGGAAUCCUGUUACAUCAUGAGGGGCCUUAAUAGGAGGAAAGAGAGUAUUUUAUUUGAUUUCUUAUUUAUUUGCUGCUGAUUACAACCAUACAGUCAAAAUAAUAGAAUCUUUUUUCUUAUCUGCUAGCUUUUGAUUGUGCAGCCUUACUCGGGUAUUGGACAUUGUGAUAUGGUAGCAUAGUUAGUUUAAACAAUCUUGCGUCUCGUACAGUACAGUGUACAUAGUAAAAUAACUCUGACGUUAGCGCUGUACCUUAACAUGCGCAUUCGUGUGAAUUUCCCUGAUCAUGAAAGGGAUACUAAUCGGAUUGGGGUGGUCAGAAUUUUACCUUUUUUCCUUCAGUAAUAGAUUCUAGUUGUUUCUAAAAUAAGAAACAAAGAAAGCAGCCCAGAAAUCACAAGCAAUGCUGUACUAUCUCAUGUGUUGAUAACCAGAAACUAGUCUUUGGUAAGAGAGAUUGUUUGCCAUUUUGACUUGGGGAUGUGGGAAGCAUUGUUCCCCCUUGUUGAUUAUUAUUAUACUUUUAAAAUGAGGACCUGAGUGUUUGACUAGGAAAGAAGCUGUCACAAAACAUCUGCACUUGUAUAGUUUUACGUAAGUGCAUUGUGAAAAGAGAAAAUGAGUGGUGCUGUGCCUGCUGACCUCUUUCAUAUGGUUUUGACUCUGCUUUAGCACCUCCAGCAUCUCCUGGAAAUUGUUCUAAUAUUGUAGAGUGGUUUAUUUGAGCAAUAAGAAUAUACCAUUGUGUGCAUUUUUAAAGCACUGCUGUGAAAAGGCACUUUUUUGUAUCUUUCAAACUGUUCACAAAAGUUUUGUUUCUACUAUUUUUCUGCUUAUAAAGUGUCCUUAAAAGCAUUGGCAUUGUUGAUUUUUAAGCAUGCUCCACUAGCUAGGUCGUAUCUUAGUAAUGAGGUUGUUAAGCUAUGCUACAAUUCAAGGGUGCUGUAACUUUUUACAUUGUUUCUUCUGCUGCUUGUACUGUAUGCUGGCCCUCUGACUCGCCCCUUCCAGUGGAGUGAAAGGUACACAGAUAGGAAUUCUAACCUCAUAGUUUUUAUUGAUGUUUACCUGCUGUCCAUUGCCAGUGUGCAUUCCUGUUCUCUGAGACCUAAAUUGGUCUGUUAAUUCUUUUCUCUUCAACCUCUCUCCGGUAUCUCCACUGGCAUCCGUCAGCCUUUCCUUCUUUCAUUCAUUUGGUGUAGGUGUCUCUGGGGUCUGCUGCUGUUCGUAAUAGUAGCAGAGGAAUGUCUUGAAUGAAAUUUUUUCAAAGGCAGAUGAGAAUUGUUCUACUUUUCCUACAUUUGUCUAAUAUUUGUUUUCCAUAGGACCGUGAAUCCAUGAUCACUAAUGCAAGCCAUUGAGCAGUUUGCUGGAAGUCAGAAAACAAAACUUCAUAUUUGCAACAAAAAGAGCGAAUGUCAUCACGGGGACAGGAAUUAAUCUUGUUGUGAUUUGUUAGCUUUGGGCAAUCUGACAACUCAUUGUAUCUUUGAGGAAAUGUUGAUGCAGCAAAUCCUCUUAAUUUCUGUAUCUGCGUAAAGCAGAAUCUAUUAUUGAUCACCAGCCAGUAGAUCUUGGGGUCUCUGACAGGUGAUCCUGACAGGUUUGGCCAGGAAGCUCUCAAGUGCUGGCUCUUCAGUUGCCUCUCCACCCGCUGUCAUGC